AUGCGAGGUCGGAAAAGGCGGGAAAGAGAAGUGUUGGAGAAAGAGAAGUGUUGGAGAAAGAGAAGUGUUGGAGAAAGAGAAGUGUUGGAUAAAGAGAAGUGUUGGAGAAAGAGAAGUAUUGAAGAAAGAGAAGUGUUGGAGAAAGAGAAGUGUUGGAGAAAGAGAAGUGUUGGAGAAAGAAGUGCUGGAGAAAGAGAAGUGUUGGAGAAAGAGAAGUGUUGGAGAAAGAGAAGUGUUGGAGAAAGAGAAGUGUUGGAGAAAGAAGUGUUGGAGAAAGAGAAGUGUUGGAGAAAGAAAGAAGUGUUGGAGAAAGAAGUGUUGGAGAAAGAGAAGAGUUGGAGAAAGAGAAGUGUUGGAGAAAGAGAAGUGUUGGAGAAAGAGAAGUGUUGGAGAAAGAGAAGUGUUAGAGAAAGAGAAGUGUUGGAGAAAGAGAAGUGUUGGAGAAAGAGAAGUGUUGGAGAAAGAGAAGAGUUAGAGAAAGAGAAGUGUUGGAGAAAGAGAAGUGUUGGAGAAAGAGAAGAGUUAGAGAAAGAGAAGUGUUGGAGAAAGAGAAGUGUUGGAGAAAGAAGUGUUGGAGAAAGAAGUGUUGGAGAAAGAGAAGUGUUGGAGAAAGAGAAGUGUUGGAGAAAGAGAAGUGUUGGAGAAAGAGAAGAGUUGGAGAAAGAGAAGUGUUGGAGAAAGAGAAGUGUUGGAGAAAGAGAAGUAUUGAAGAAAGAGAAGUGUUGGAGAAAGAGAAGUGUUGGAGAAAGAGAAGUGUUGGAGAAAGAGAAGUGUUGGAGAAAGAGAAGUGUUGGAGAAAGAAGUGUUGGAGAAAGAGAAGAGUUGGAGAAAGAGAAGUGUUGGAGAAAGAGAAGUGUUGGAGAAAGAGAAGUGUUGGAGAAAGAGAAGUGUUGGAGAAAGAAGUGUUGGAGAAAGAGAAGAGUUGGAGAAAGAGAAGUGUUGGAGAAAGAGAAGUGUUGGAGAAAGAGAAGUGUUGGAGAAAGAGAAGUGUUGGAGAAAGAGAAGUGUUGGAGAAAGAAGUGUUGGAGAAAGAGAAGAGUUAGAGAAAGAGAAGUGUUAGAGAAAGAGAAGUGUUGGAGAAAGAGAAGUGUUGGAGAAAGAGAAGUGUUGGAGAAAGAGAAGUGUUGGAGAAAGAGAAGAGUUAGAGAAAGAGAAGUGUUGGAGAAAGAGAAGUGUUGGAGAAAGAGAAGUGUUAGAGAAAGAGAAGUGUUGGAGAAAGAGAAGUGUUGGAGAAAGAAGUGUUGGAGAAAGAAGUGUUGGAGAAAGAAGUGUUGGAGAAAGAGAAGUGUUGGAGAAAGAGAAGUGUUGGAGAAAGAGAAGUGUUGGAGAAAGAGAAGAGUUGGAGAAAGAGAAGUGUUGGAGAAAGAGAAGUGUUGGAGAAAGAGAAGUAUUGAAGAAAGAGAAGUGUUGGAGAAAGAGAAGUGUUGGAGAAAGAGAAGUGUUGGAGAAAGAGAAGUGUUGGAGAAAGAGAAGUGUUGGAGAAAGAAGUGUUGGAGAAAGAGAAGAGUUGGAGAAAGAGAAGUGUUGGAGAAAGAGAAGUGUUGGAGAAAGAGAAGUGUUGGAGAAAGAGAAGUGUUGGAGAAAGAGAAGUGUUGGAGAAAGACAAGUGUUGGAGAAAGAGAAGUGUUGGAGAAAGAAGUGUUGGAGAAAGAAGUGUUGGAGAAAGAGAAGUGUUGGAGAAAGAGAAGUGUUGGAGAAAGAGAAGUGUUGGAGAAAGAGAAGUGUUGGAGAAAGAGAAGAGUUAGAGAAAGAGAAGUGUUGGAGAAAGAGAAGUGUUGGAGAAAGAGAAGUAUUGGAGAAAGAGAAGAGUUAGAGAAAGAGAAGUGUUGGAGAAAGAGAAGUGUUGGAGAAAGAAGUGUUGGAGAAAGAAGUGUUGGAGAAAGAAGUGUUGGAGAAAGAGAAGUGUUGGAGAAAGAGAAGUGUUGGAGAAAGAGAAGUGUUGGAGAAAGAGAAGAGUUAGAGAAAGAGAAGUGUUGGAGAAAGAGAAGUGUUGGAGAAAGAGAAGAGUUAGAGAAAGAGAAGUGUUGGAGAAAGAGAAGUGUUGGAGAAAGAAGUGUUGGAGAAAGAAGUGUUGGAGAAAGAAGUGUUGGAGAAAGAGAAGUGUUGGAGAAAGAGAAGUGUUGGAGAAAGAGAAGUGUUGGAGAAAGAGAAGAGUUGGAGAAAGAGAAGUGUUGGAGAAAGAGAAGUGUUGGAGAAAGAGAAGUAUUGAAGAAAGAGAAGUGUUGGAGAAAGAGAAGUGUUGGAGAAAGAGAAGUGUUGGAGAAAGAGAAGUGUUGGAGAAAGAGAAGUGUUGGAAGAAAGAAGUGUUGGAGAAAGAGAAGAGUUGGAGAAAGAGAAGUGUUGGAGAAAGAGAAGUGUUGGAGAAAGAGAAGUGUUGGAGAAAGAGAAGUGUUGGAGAAAGACAAGUGUUGGAGAAAGAGAAGUGUUGGAGAAAGAGAAGUGUUGGAGAAAGAGAAGUGUUGGAGAAAGACAAGUGUUGGAGAAAGAGAAGUGUUGGAGAAAGAAGUGUUGGAGAAAGAAGUGUUGGAGAAAGAGAAGUGUUGGAGAAAGAGAAGUGUUGGAGAAAGAGAAGUGUUGGAGAAAGAAGUGUUGGAGAAAGAGAAGUGUUGGAGAAAGAGAAGUGUUGGAGAAAGAGCGGCUUUUCUGUGUCCACUCUGUGUCCGCUCUGUGUCCACUCUGUGUCCGCUCUGUGUCCGCUCUGUGUACGCUCUGUGUCCAGUCUGUGUCCGCUCUGUGUCCACUCUGUGUCCGCUCUGUGUCCGCUCUGUGUUCGCUCUGUGUUCGCUCUGUGUCCGCUCUGUGUCCAGUCUGUGUCCAGUCUGUGUCCGCUCUGUGUACGCUCUGUGUCCAGUCUGUGUCCAGUCUGUGUCCACUCUGUGUCCGCUCUGUGUCCGCUCUGUGUCCGCUCUGUGUUCGCUCUGUGUUCGCUCUGUGUCCGCUCUGUGUCCACUCUGUGUCCGCUCUGUGUUCGCUCUGUGUCCGCUCUGUGUCCAGUCUGUGUCCGCUCUGUGUCCAGUCUGUGUCCACUCUGUGUCCGCUCUGUGUCCGCUCUGUGUCCGCUCUGUGUCCAGUCUGUGUCCACUCUGUGUACGCUCUGUGUCCACUCUGUGUCCGCUCUGUGUCCGCUCUGUGUCCACUCUGUGUCCACUCUGUGUCAACUCUGUGUCCGCUCUGUGUCCGCUCUGUGUUCGCUCUGUGUCCACUCUGUGUCCACUCUGUGUCCGCUCUGUGUCCGCUCUGUGUCCGCUCUGUGUCCGCUCUGUGUCCACUCUGUGUCCGCUCUGUGUUCGCUCUGUGUCCACUCUGUGUCAACUCUGUGUCCGCUCUGUGUCCGCUCUGUGUCCGCUCUGUGUCCGCUCUGUGUCCACUCUGUGUCAACUCUGUGUCCGCUCUGUGUCCGCUCUGUGUUCGCUCUGUGUCCACUCUGUGUCAACUCUGUGUCCGCUCUGUGUCCGCUCUGUGUCCGCUCUGUGUCCGCUCUGUGUCCACUCUGUGUCCACUCUGUGUCAACUCUGUGUCCGCUCUGUGUCCGCUCUGUGUCCACUCUGUGUCCACUCUGUGUCCAGUCUGUGUCCACUCUGUGUCCGCUCUGUGUUCGCUCUGUGUCCGCUCUGUGUCCAGUCUGUGUCCGCUCUGUGUCCAGUCUUUGUCCACUCUGUGUCCGCUCUGUGUCCGCUCUGUGUCCGCUCUGUGUCCAGUCUGUGUCCACUCUGUGUACACUCUGUGUCCACUCUGUGUCCGCUCUGUGUCCGCUCUGUGUCCACUCUGUGUCCACUCUGUGUCAACUCUGUGUCCGCUCUGUGUCCGCUCUGUGUUCGCUCUGUGUCCACUCUGUGUCCGCUCUGUGUCCGCUCUGUGUCCACUCUGUGUCCACUCUGUGUCAACUCUGUGUCCGCUCUGUGUCCGCUCUGUGUCCGCUCUGUGUCCACUCUGUGUCCACUCUGUGUCCACUCUGUGUCCGCUCUGUGUACGCUCUGUGUACGCUCUGUGUCCAGUCUGUGUCCACUCUGUGUCCACUCUGUGUCCGCUCUGUGUUCGCUCUGUGUCCGCUCUGUGUCCAGUCUGUGUCCGCUCUGUGUCCACUCUGUGUCCACUCUGUGUCCGCUCUGUGUCCAGUCUGUGUCCGCUCUGUGUCCACUCUGUGUCCACUCUGUGUCCACUCUGUGUCCACUCUGUGUCCAGUCUGUGUCCGCUCUGUGUCCGCUCUGUGUCCGCUCUGUGUCCGCUCUGUGUCCGCUCUGUGUCCACUCUGUGUCCAGUCCUGAACACCGGGAGGAGGCUCAGGGAGGAGGCUCAGGGAGGAGGCUCAGGAGGGAGGCUCAGAGAGGAGGCUCAGGGAGGAGGCUCAGGGAGGAGGCUCAGGAAGGAGGCUCAGGGAGGAGGCUCAGGGAGGAGGCUCAGGGAGGAGGCUCAGGGAGGAGGCUCAGGAGGAGGCUCAGGAGGAGGAUCAGGAGGAGGGUCAGGGAGGAGGCUCAGGGAGGAGGCUCAGGGAGGAGGCUCAGGGAGGAGGCUCAGGGAGGAGGCUCAGGGAGGAGGGUCAGAGAGGAGGCUCAGGGAGGAGCCUCAGAGAGGAGGCUCAGAGAGGAGGCUCAGAGAGGAGGCUCAGGGAGGAGGCUCAGGGAGGAGGCUCAGAGAGGAGGAGGGAGGAGGCUCAGAGAGGAGGCUCAGGGGAGGGAGGAGGCUCAGGAAGGAGGCUCAGGAGGUUCAGAGGGAGGCUCAGGGAGGAGGCUCAGGGAGGAGGCUCAGGAAGGAGGCUCAGGGAGGAGGCUGAGGGAGGAGGGUCAGAGAGGAGGCUCAGGGAGGAGGCUCAGGGAGGAGGCUCAGAGAGGAGGCUCAGAGAGGAGGCUCAGAGAGGAGGCUCAGAGAGGAGGCUCAGAGAGGAGGCUCAGAGAGGAGGCUCAGAGAGGAGGCUCAGAGAGGAGGCUCAGAGAGGAGGCUCAGGGAGGAGCCUCAGAGAGGAGGCUCAGGGAGGAGGCUCAGGAAGGAGGCUCAGGGAGGAGGCUCAGGGAGGAGCCUCAGAGAGGAGGCUCAGGGACAUACGAUUCCCCCAGAUGA